AUGGCGCUCGCCGAUACCAUUGAACACGCGGGUGUCAUACCAGUGAAGCGCAUUUGGUACCGAACAACACUAUUCAAUGCCUGCGUAAUUGGGUUUGUCGGCUUCCUUGCGCCUGGGUUAUGGAAUGCCAUGAACUCAUUAGGAGCCGGAGGAGAAGAGAAGCCAUUCCUGGUGAACGCAGCGAAUGCUCUGGUAUUUGGUCUGAUGGGAAUUUUUUGCUUGUUUGGAGCACCGAUCGCAAACCGUAUUGGUCUCAAAUGGGCGCUUGUUCUCGGCGCAACGGGGUAUCCCCUGUACUCUGCAGGCCUGUACACCAACGACCGCUUUGGUAAUGUCUGGUUCGUCCUGGUGGGCUCUGCGGCUUGUGGUAUUUCUGCAGGGCUGUACUGGGCCACAGAAGGUGCUAUUGCUAUUGGGUAUCCGGAGCCUGCUAAGCGUGCGCGAUACAUCAACCUUUGGGUUGUAUGGUCGAUGAUGGGGCCUAUCGUUGGAAACUCGAUCGUUUUGGGCUUGAAUAUCAAUACCGAUGGAGAGGGCAGUGUCGGCUAUACAACCUAUAUUGUCUUUAUUGCGUUGCAGUGUCUAGCUGUUCCAGUCGCCCUUCUUCUAUCACCACCGGAAAAGGUGCAACGUGAUGACGGAACGGCUAUCGUGGUUCGGCCGGAGGCGUCUUGGAAAGAGGAGUUCCAGGCUUUGUGGCGCACUUGCAAAUUGCGCAGCGUUAUUCUACUGUUACCCGUCUUCUGGGCGAUCUACUUCAAUGAGUACUCCAGCAACUAUGAGACGUACUAUUUCAGUGUCCGUGCUCGUGCCCUUAUUGCCUUCUUAACCGACUGGGUCGCCAUCAUUGCAUCACAAAGUUUGGCACUAUGGUUAGACUGGAAGAAGUUCGAUCGCAAAACUCGAAUUACAUACUCAUGGUACUGGGUUAUCCUCGUCCACCUUGUCACCUGGAUCUACGCAUGGGUUGUGCAGUCAGAGUACACAGCUAACCCGCCCUUCUUUGACAUCUAUACCCCGGGAUUCGUCAAAGGUGCCUUCACUCUUUUCCUUUGGCAGUUCGCCCAGCAGACGGGUGAGAAUUGGCUUUACUAUUUGGUUGGUGAAAUGACCGACAACAUUGCCGAGCUUACUCGGCUUACUGGUAUCCUGCGUGGCCAAAUGAGCUUUGGCGAGGCUGUUUCAUAUGGCCUCAAUACUCAUGAGUGGUAUGGUGGUCGCGCUCCGAUGGCGGUAAAUACAAUACUUUUAGGUCUCUGUGUCAUCCCCACAUGGAUUGUCGUACGCAAAUUUGUCCCAGAUGAAGAGCCCAUGAGCUUGUCUACCGAGUCUGAUCAGCAGAUUGAGACGGAAGUGAUUGUUAAUGAUAAGGAGAAAAUAUUCCGUGAUGUCGGUCAGAUCCCUUUUUGCGAGGACCAGUGA